AUGAGGAACACCGAUGGCGACGUGAAGCCAGCUGCCACCCUCUUCCAUGAUCCUUUCCGCCAGCAUAGCAACGUGCUCGGGUCGCCGGGGCACCCGGACUGCACUGUGCUAGUCUCCGGCACAGCCGAGGCAAGGGAGGGCUUCCUUCUCCACGGCCGCCCCGGCGACCCAGUGGACCAAGCUCAGUUACAUUCUCCAGCAAGUUGCUCCAUGACCAAGCUCAGCUGCAACGGCAUCUCAUUCUCGCUGUCAACCCCGGCGUCUCAGGACUGCUCGUUCUUUGGAAUCGUCAGCAGUCACAGCGGAGUGUUCGUCACCGUUCAUACAUGGAAGCAUGGAGAGGACUCCUGGAGCCUGCAGGAGCUGGAGUACCAAGACGCACCGCCGUUCCCGAUAGCACGCAACAACCCUGUCCUCUGCAGUGGCAAGUUCUACUGCCUAGGGAGGAAGGGCAACCUUGGCGUCUUCGACCCUGAAAGAAGCAGAGACGACCCUGACAGCGCGUGGCGAAUCCUUGACAAGCCGCGGCCGAUCCAUGCCGAGAUGGAGCUCUUCGACGACGACCACGAGGGUCGAGCUGCAGGGGGGAGCUGGCUUGACGAGACGGAGAUGGCGUGGAUCGAGGUGGAGGACAUCAAUGGCGCGGCUCUCUUUGUGGACAUCAGGGCGUCGUAUGGUGUGGCGUCUCCGGAAGGUGGGCAUGGCAACAGGAUUUUUCUUCCCCCGGUAUUCAGAGGAUGGGAGUCAGACAGUGUUCUACGAUAUGGAGACCAAGAUGUACCACCCAUCCUUCUACGGCCACAAACAACCGCUCGUGUGUGGGUCGUGCCUAAUCUUCACGUCGACAGAUAA